AUGUCGACCUCGUCUGCGCUUGUGGUGUCCACUUCACCUGCACCCGCUCCACCUGAAGAAGAAGUGGAACUGCCUAUUGAUCUUUCACAACUUCCUUCGAUACCCGCAGCCAAGUCACUCCUGCUAAUCAACAAUUUUGUAGCCAAUACAACGCGAUUCUUGAACCAUUUUGCGCACGAAUGUGAAGAACGAAUCACACACGUUUCUAAUAAUGUCACUCGAGUCGAGAUCUUAUUGGCUAUUUUAGAAACUAAAUUAAAUAGCAUUCCAGAUCUGAGUGUGACAGAUGCAGAAGUGGCAGCAGCUGCAGAUGGAAAUCUAAAUCUGAAUACGAAUCAGAUAGAUUUAGGUAUAUCAGAUCAAGACUUGCCUUCUACGGAGGAAACAGCAGCAGCCAAUGGGAUACCAUUACCACCUCCUCCAGAUGAAAAUGGGUCUGCUAUUGUUGAAAUGGCACCACUGCCACCUCCACCUCCGCCCUCAAUGGACGGAAUGGAGAUGGCUCUAGUCGUGCCUCCUCCUCCUCCCCACCUGAUCCAUCCUCGCCGGAAAGAUCAAUGUCACCUCCACCUCCGUCGUCCAUGGGAGACUUUGAUGAUGAUGAUGAAGUUGAAGUAA